AUGUGCUCAAUCGUUUCUGACGCAAUCAAGAACUUCGAGAAUCAAGGCGAGAAAGAGAAACUUGCUAACGAUGCUCUUGAUAUGAUGAUGGAGCUUGCUGAACAGCAGAUGGCAGCUUCUAAGCUCAAAGUAACAAACGGUAACGUCGACACGAAGCAUAUCCCUAUCGGUCAGAUUCUUUACGAGGACUGGCAAGUCCGUUGCACGGUCUCUACAGACGUGACUGCCAUCGGCGAUAUCAUCAAAGACUCGUACUCCGCCUUCGCAAAGGGUAACAUGGCCGACGGUAUCGCUAGUGUACUUGCUGGUGGUCUCAAAAUCGUCAUGGGUACCUACGUGGGCAACAAAUCUACCAGAGAAGUCUACUCAAUCACUACGGGCGACCUUGGUGGCUUGCAAAGAGCUGAUAUCAGGAUCUUCGCAUAUCGUUUCACUGCAAGCCAGUCCUUGUUGUACAAAUCCUGA